ACAAAGAGCAAAAACACUUCACUUUUUUUAUUCAUUAUUAUUAAUCUAGAGAGAGAAACAAUAAGACAAAAUCAGAAUUCAAGAAGAAAAAAAAUAGAAACAAACAAAACGAUUCCGAAUUUUCUUUCUCUCUCUAAAUCCACCACUUUCAAAUUCACAUUCUGUUUCGUUGCUUCAAAUAGUGAGGGUUUUGGUUCGGCACUGUUUAGAUCGGAGAAUGGAGGAGAUUUUCGGCGACGGAGGAGUUGCGACGCCGGUGCCGCUUUCGGUGUCGGGAUCUUUCCGAGAAGGGAGAGGCUCGUCGAGGAGACGCGGCCCGGCUAGACAGCCGAGCAUGGAGGCGGAUGAGUUCAUGAAUUUGUUGCACGGUUCGGAUCCGGUGAAGGUGGAGCUUAAUCGUCUUGAGAAUGAAGUUCGAGAUAAGGAUAGAGAAUUAUCAGAAGCACAAGCUGAGAUUAAAGCGUUGAGGCAUUCUGAACGAUUAAGAGAAAAGGCAGUUGAAGAGCUGUCUGAAGAGCUGUCAAAGGUUGAUGGGAAGCUAAAGUUAUCAGAAUCUCUAUUAGAAAGCAGAAAUCUUGAAAUAAAGAAAAUCAAUGACGAAAAGAAAGCAUCAAUGGCAGCUCAGUUUGCAGCAGAAGCUACUCUUCGAAGGGUUCAUGCUGCUCAAAAGGAUGAUGACAUGCCUCCGAUAGAAGCAAUUCUUGCCCCGUUGGAGGCUGAACUAAAGCUUGCUCGGCAAGAGAUUGCUAAACUACAAGAUGACAAUAGAGCUUUAGACCGUCUUACCAAAUCCAAAGAAGCUGCACUACUUGAAGCUGAAAGGACUGUUCAGUUUGCCUUGGCUAAGGCCUCCAUGGUGGAUGAUCUCCAAAACAAAAAUCAAGAGCUGAUGAAACAGAUCGAGAUUUGCCAGGAAGAAAACAAAAUUUUGGACAAAAUGCAUAGACAAAAGGUGGCAGAGGUUGAAAAGCUCACCCAAACUGUGAGGGAGCUUGAAGAGUCAGUCCUUGCCGGUGGUGCAGCAGCAAAUGCAGUGAGAGAUUAUCAACGGAAAGUUCAAGAAAUGAAUGAAGAAAGAAAAACUCUUAAUAGGGAAUUGGGUCGUGCCAAGGUAACAGCAAACAGAGUAGCUGUUGUGGUUGCAAAUGAAUGGAAAGAUGCUAAUGAUAAAGUCAUGCCUGUCAAACAAUGGCUUGAAGAACGACGAUUCUUGCAGGGGGAAAUGCAGCAACUUCGUGAUAAGCUUGCUAUAGCUGAGCGCACUUCAAAAUCUGAAGCACAGUUGAAAGAAAAAUAUCAAUUACGGCUUAAAGUUCUAGAGGAGAGUUUGAGGGGAAAUUCUAGUGGCAGUAGUCGCAGCACUAUAGAGGGAAGAAGUAUGAACAAUGGUUAUUCUCGUCGCCAAUCACUGGGUGGAGCUGAUAAUAUCUCAAAACUAACCUCUAACGGGUUCUUGCCUAAGAGAGCACCAUCCCCUCAACUCAGGUCAUCCCUAUCGUCUAGCUCAAUAUUGAGGCAUGCUAAAGGAACAUCUAAAUCUUUUGAUGGUGGCUCAAGGACACUGGACAGGAGUAAAACGUUGCUGAGUGGAGCACCUCAAAGUUACUCAUUCAACCAAUCUCUUGAAGAAACCAAAGAGAGAGAGGCUGAUGAUAAUUGGAAAGGAAGUUCAGGUGAUAAGCCUAAUGACUUCCCACCGGCGGAUACAGAGGAUAGUAUUCCAAGUGUUUUAUAUGACCUCUUGCAGAAAGAGGUUAUUGCCUUGAGGAAAGCUGGUCAUGAGAAAGAUCAAAGCCUAAAAGAUAAAGAUGAUGCCAUUGAGAUGUUAGCAAAGAAAGUAGAUACAUUGACCAAAGCCAUGGAGGUUGAAGCAAAGAAGAUGAGAAGAGAAGUAGCUGCCAUGGAAAAGGAGGUAGCUGCUAUGCGUGUCGAUAAAGUACAAGAGAACAGAGCAAAGCGGUUCAGCAAUAUAAAGGGUCCUGUAAACAGUGCUCAAAAUCAGCUAAUUUCUGGAAGAAAUGUGACACGUGGAGGAUUAACUCGCAGCACCCAAUAACAUGUUUAUUAUGGCGACACUUGGGAGUAUAUUAAGUAAAAUUUCAUAGACAUCAUUCUUCCGCCCUUCUCCGUUUUUAUCCUUUUGUUUUUUCUUGUUCAAUUGAUUACAAGAUUGUAUCUGGCACGCCGAGAACCAGUUUCUGAUGUUGCCCAUGGAUCAGGGACAAGAAAACAAUUUUAGGAAUUGAUAUGCAUCUGACCUAGACUGCUUCAUCCCCUGCUUAGGAAGUUUGGCUAAGAAGGAAGAGAAUGGAAGACAAUUAACCGGGUUUAACCUUUCAGCUUUUCUUUUGAGUGGUUGUGUGUUUUGUAUAGGUAGCUUUCUCCCUUAACUCCUUUUUGCAGUUUUUAUCUGCAAUACAUAUUGUGAUUGCAUUGAUUCAGGCUUCUUAAUAUCUUUGUAAUUAGAUCAAAAUCUAAGCGGAUUCGGUUGUGUUAUAACUUACAAGUUCAUAAUUUCAUAUUGAUCGUAAAUUAA